GGCACUGGGAACGACCUCGCCGGCGUGCUGGGCUGGGGCCGCCGCUACCCAGGGUACCUCCGGCGGCCCUGGCGGCAGGGCGGCGCAAGCCUGCUCCUGCUGCGGCGCUGGUUCGACGACGCGCUGAGCUACAGCACGCCGCUGGCGGGCUUCGACGUGUGGGGCUUCAUGCCACCGCCAGGCAGCGACGCCGUGGAUGUGAAGGUCUGCGAAUUGGACCGCAUGGAGCAUGCCGAGGACUGCCUGCACUACGCCAUGCGGCCAGCGGGGCCGUCCGUGCCCUUUCUGGUUCUACUUUACGCCAGCUACGGCUUCUCCGCGCACGUGGUCACCCGUUUCGAGCGGGCCAGGACCAGCUCUCGGCUGCAGAACUUCGCAGCGUACGUCCGCAUCGGCGCCUCGCUGCUGCUCGGCACCACCAGAC